UAUUAAAACAAAAUACUCAAUGAAGAAAUGCUCAAAGAAGUAGUUUUAACAAAGAUCUAAAAGUUUUUAAUUUGCUAGGCAACUGUGAAGAUACACGAUACAAGAUAAUAAAAUUCUUUGAUAUGUUUUUCAACAAAAAUGUAAUUUCAAUGGUUAUUUAAUUUGAAAUAAGCAAUUGAAAUUAUAAAAUUUAUCUUUUAUAUGUUAAGCAAUUUAAAAGUAAUUUUGAAAUAAUUGCAUUGAUUCUUUAUGGGGUUCAAUUAUCCACUGUAUGGAAAGUCUUCACAAUAACAGGUUAGCACUGCGGGGAUUAGCUAUAGGUGAUGAAGCUAAAUCACUUGCUAAGUCUGUUCAAAAUCUAUUGUUGUCAGAAGUAUUCUGGGAUAAAGUAGAUGGGUUUAUUAAGUUAUUAAAACCAAUAGUCAUUGCAAUUAGAGCUGUCGAAGGAGAUAAAAUAAGUCUCUCCAUUGUGGCCAAAACUUUUUCCGAUUUAGAAAAAUUUUUUCAGGACAAUAUUCUUUGCAACCAAAUACUAAAAAACAAAGAAAAUGCUAUGAUGGAAAUAAGUGCCAGAAGAAGAAAAUUUCACAUACGAAACAUUCACUUGGCUGCAAAUUUAGUGGAUCCACGAUAUAAAGGAUGUCAUAUCUCUGGAGAUAAAACAAUUGAUGCCAUUGAAACCCUUCAUAACUUAGGAAAACUGGAUCCUUCGAUUAAGGACUGUGAUGACUUUUUUCAAAAUCUUUUAUAUGGGCUUCAGUAAAACACACAACUCCUGCAAGUUGGUGGAAAGGAAUAUGUUGUUCAUGCGCUCCAAUACUGUCAAGUAUUGCAAGUAAAAUUCUAUUACUUCCAUCAACAAGUGCGGCAGUCGAAAGAACACUCAGUCGACAAUAUUAGAUCCACAAUCAAAAACGGAAUAGAUUAACAAAUGACCGAACAUCAAAACUAGUUUUUAUUUCUCACAAUUUAGAACUCAAAAAUCAAAAAUGUGAUACAGAAUCAUCAACAGCUCAAACUCAAAGCCAAGAAUUUAAUCUAGGCAAUCUUACUGUACAGAGUUUAGAGGAAAACAUAUUAAGUGACUCCGAUGAAUCCGUACCUUUCUUUUCUUACAAAACUAAUGACCGUCCUUCAUUUUAUUGCUCUUCGAA